AAAGACUAAAAUUGUUAACCUCCAUCCCCUCACCGUCAACCCCAUUCCGAGAAAAACAUCAAUCAUCAAUAUCAUCCUCUUCCUCUAAGUCACACGCUUGUUCCGAAAUUUCUGCCAAUCGGAGCUGAACAACAAGACAACAACGACAACGAUGAUGGUGGUUGUUUUGGGGUUAUUGGAUUUCAUUGUUGCCGGUAUUUCUCUCAUCUUUGGUCUUUGCCUUUUCGGUUUCAUUGCUUCCCUUCUAUGCGCUGCCGCAUUCUUCAACAACGCUAAGGACGUGUCCUAACUCCCUCUCAGUUCAAUCAUCAUUUCAUUUCUUUGUCCAACUGUUAGUUGUACUGGCAGUUGGGUCUUCUUGGGAUGUCUGGGAGUUUUCUGUAUGAAAUCAAAUGUAUGAAAAUGGCAACUUGGAUCUUACGAGUGAAAGAGUACAGAUUGUACUUCAGGUAUCUUGACUCUGAAUUGUUAUUACCUAUGAAGCUGAAGCACGGACACCUCGAAUACGAUCCCGACACUGACACAACGAUACCGGUAAUAAUUUGAGAAAAUGAAUAAAUUAAAUGUAAUCACAAGUGUCGGCGUCAGUGUCUAAUACCGGAACGGAUACUAGCACGUUUUUUUCCAGAGGUGUCGGUGCUACAUAGCAACCGGUUCUUCACGAUUGGUAGUUUUUUAAUUUACUUUUUGGCAGAAUCUUUCUGGAGUUUGGAAGCAGUAUAUCUUCAUAAUUGCUUAACAUGAAAGGAUAAUCUUUGUUCACCACCCAGAUAAAGCUAAUACGGCUUAAGGUUCAGACUUGCCACGCCAUAUUUUUUGUUUUGGAUAGUUUAAUUUUCCCUUUUUUUUGUAUAUGUUAUAUAGAACCAACCUCAAAUUUGUCAUUAUAUGUCUCAAAAUUUCCACUAUAUGUAAAAGACGAGAGAAAAAUAUUGUUGAUAAUAGAUAUUGACUUGAUACAAAAGAGUCCAUCAGAAUUCA